GCUGCUGCACUGUGUCGAUGCCCAUCACUCAUCGUCAGGCAGUUAGACCACCUGUCGCUUUCCACUCAAAGUGCCCCCUUAACUCUUCACUCGGACUCUGCUAUUUUGUUGCCAUGGCAACAGCGGCCCCGCCCUUCCUCUUCCUCCUGCUGUGCUGGCUCCUCCAAGCGGCCUGCUCGGCGUUCCCAGAGGAACCCGGCCCGCUCAACUUCAUCCCCGCUGAAGUGUCGAGGCGCUAUCCGGUGUUUCUUGGCCGACCUCACCGCACGUGGCUGAGACAAGAGCCUCUCCACAUCCAGAGGGUCCUCCAAGUCAACCGAACGCUGUACAUUGGAGCCAGGGAUGACCUUUUCCGCGUGGAGCUGGACAUCGUGGCCGGAGAUGAGAUGUUCUACAGCAAGAAGAGAACAUGGGAGUCAAACAAGAACGACAUAAGGAUCUGCAGGAUGAAGGGCAAACAUGAGGACGAAUGCCGGAAUUUCAUGAAGGUGCUUCUCAGCAGGCGCGGGGGCUUGUUUGUGUGCGGCACCAACGCCUUCAACCCGCUCUGCGCCAACUAUACUGGCGACACUUUAGAGAUGGUCGGAGACCAAGUCAGUGGAAUGGCGAGAUGCCCUUAUGACCCCAAACAUGCCAACGUAGCUCUUUUUUGCAGUGUGUGUGUGUGUGUGUGUGUGUCAGAGGGCAAUCUGUUCACAGCCACAGUGACAGACUUUCUCGCCAUCGACGCAGUCAUAUACCGCAGCCUCGGGGACAGUCCAGCUCUUCGCACCAUCAAGCAUGACUCCAAGUGGUUCCGAGAGCCUUAUUUUGUCAGCGCUGUGGAGUGGGGGCCGCACAUCUACUUCUUCUUCAGAGAGAUAGCCAUGGAGUUCAACUACCUGGAGAAGGUGGUGGUGUCUCGCGUGGCUCGGGUGUGCAAACGGGACCAGGGCGGGUCUCAGCGCGUCCUGGAGAAGCAGUGGACGUCGUUCCUGAAGGCGCGGCUCAACUGCUCUGUUCCGGGAGAUUCGCACUUCUACUUUAACCUGCUGCACUCCACCAGUCCUGUCAUCAACAUGCACGGCCGGGACAUCAUCCUGGGGGUGUUCUCCACGCCGGCUAACAGCAUCCCGGGCUCAGCGGUGUGCGCCUUCGACAUGGAGCAGUUGGCGUCCGUGUUCGACGGCAGGUUCAAAGAGCAGAAAUCACCGGAGUCCAUUUGGACACCCGUUCCCGAUGAGGUCAUUCCCAAGCCCAGGCCCGGGGGUUGCGCCGUGCAGGGUUCCAGGUUCAAUUCCUCCAACUCAUUCCCCGAUGAGAUGCUGAACUUUGUCAAGACUCAUCCCCUGAUGGACGAGGCCGUGCCUUCGCUCGGGCAGAGACCGUGGAUAGUCAAGACCAUGAUCAAGUACCAGCUGAAUAAGAUCGUGGUGGAUUCGGAGGCCGGGCCGCAUAGGAACCGCACCGUCCUCUUCCUGGGCUCCAGCAGGGGGACUAUCCUCAAGUUUCUCAUCAUGCCCAAUGAGGACAACAUGGUCAGCAGCAGCAACGUCUUCUUGGAGGAACUGGAGGGCUUCAACCCAGACAAGUGUGCCGGAGACUCUCUGCAGGCCAGGCGGCUUUUGUCCCUGACUCUGGACCGGGUCAGUCACACCCUCAUCCUCGCCUUCCCUUCCUGCGUGGUCCAAAUACCGGUGGCCCGAUGUCAGCUCUACUCACGCUGCAUGAAGAACUGCAUCGCCUCCAGGGACCCGUACUGUGGCUGGACCCGAGGAAGCACCUGCUCCUUCCUGCGACCAGGGACCAGGCUGCCGUUUGAGCAAGAUGUGGAGCAGGGAAACGUGGCUCACUUGGGCGACUGCGAUGGUAAGUGCACUUAUUUGUGUGAGCCAACGUAUCACGCAUACGCGCAUUCACCGAACCCUUGAUUAGUGAAAAUUGUU